AUGCUUAAGGCAAUAUUAGAUAAGAGGGUUAGUGAACCAAGCAGCCUAGGAAUGGUUGAAAAUAAUAAUAAAAUGUGUGAAUAUUUAAACUAUUGGAUACACCAUAAAACAAAAGGUAAUAUACACCGUUCAAGAAUUAUAAAAUUAUUUUAUUACACAUGGGAUGUUCUGAAUAAAAUAAAAGAAAAGAAUACUCAUUGUAAACAUAAAUAUUUUAACAUUGGUGAAAAGGAGUUCACAAGGAAGAAAGAUUUAUAUGAGUUUCUAGAAUUCUACGAUAGUAUAAAGGGUAAAUUGGAAAAUGGAAGAUCCCCAAAUAAUGCUGAAUAUUGCGAUUACAUAAAGUCUAAUUUUGAAAAGUAUUACUACAUGGUGCAAGAAGAUAAGUGCAAAAAAUCUUCAAUAUAUUACGAUGAAAAAUUACUUUUUCGACAGAAAUUUGAAGAUAACCAAGAGAUAUCUUUUUUAAAAAAGAAAUGUACAGGUAAAUAUUUCGAUUUAGAAAAUGUCUUGAAACAGUUACCUUCACAUAAAACAUACGAAAAAUUGAAUAGUAAGGAAAAUGUUGACAAAUACUGUAGUGAUUGUAUGGACAUAAUACAUUUAGAAUUUGAUCACCCUGGUAUUAAUCACUUUUGUAGAAUGCUAUCAAAAAACUUAAGAGAAUUGUCUGAAAUGGAGAGCGCGAAUAGUAAAGACCGCUGUGAAUAUUUUACCCAUUGGAUGAAUGAAGAAAUAUGGAAAAAGCUUAGUAAUUCUAACAGUUUUACUCUAAACAUCCCCUUAGUGAAUAUCCUUCUCAACAUAGGUCAUACUAUUAAUAAUAAGUUAAGGAAAAAUCACUGUCCAUACGAUUUUAAUAGCGAUUAUACUUACAAGGAGUUGCAAGAAAGGAAAGAUUUGCACGACUUUUUUAAAAAUUAUGAAAAAAUUGAAACUAAGGAUUCGUCUAUUAGUAUAAGCGAUCAGGCCCUUUGUGCAUAUGUUAGUUAUAUAUACAAAUUAUACAAAAGGCACAUUGGCGGGUGUUGUGAAUAUUAUGAUAAAAAUAACCAUUAUGAAGAGCACUGUCAGGAUUACUUUAAAUGUGAUAGUAAAUUAAAUCCGAAUAACCUCCUCAUUAAGUUAAACUGCAAUGAAAAGGAAUCAGAUGAAGAUUCCCAAAAAAUAUUUGAAAAAUUAACCAUUGAUCGGGGGGUAAUAUUGUUCACGGAAAAAUCAAAGCAAAGAUAUAAAGAAUUAGUCACUGGUAAUUAUUACCAUCCUUCGAAUCUGAAAACUUUGUUUAAUAAAAUCAUGCAGGAUGGAGACCCCUUUUACUUAGCAACUACAUCCCUUUUAGCCCUCCUCGGAGUGCUAUUGACGUUUUUCGUCUUCUAUAAAGUAAAAGCAGAUUGCACAACAAACUGCAAAUAUGAUAAGAUAUUAUUAAUAGUUUAUUCUUAUAUAACGUGUAAAUGUAGCGUAAAUGAAUUACACGUGUAUUUUCCCCCCCCUUUGUAUGUCAGUUUACACCUUUAG